CCUCUUCUUAUCUUAUCUAUCCUCGUCAUUUCUGAGGGCACUCUCUGUAAUUAUACUAAAUUCUUCUGUCCUUUCUAGUCAUUUCACCCCUUUUCUACUACGAUUUCCUCAGAGAACCUAACCCUAGUCGUGCCCUUUUUCGUCAAUAACUUUUUCCUUCCCGAUCUCGGUCUUUCCUCCCUUAAUUCGAUCUGUUUUCUUCUUCUAUUCUUCGAAUCGAUCUCCGAUUUGAUUUUUCCUUCUUACAUCUGUCGAUUGAUCCCGGUAUCGGCUCCGGCCGUGGCUCGAAUCAAUUUCUAGGGUUAGGGUUUCGAUAAUUUCCAGAUCUGUGAAAUCCUCUGGUAAAUUAAGCAGUUUUUCUCAUGGGUUUUGUUUUUCUUCUCACGCUCGUUCGUUUUAUGUAAAUAAUUUUGAUUUCUCUCGGUUUCUAGGUUUUGAUUUCUUGACGGACUUUUCGAUGCAUAGAUCUGUUAGUUUCGGGUGCUCUUAUGUAAAAAUUAUUCUAUUUCUGUUCGUGGGUCAGAUCAAAUUGUGUGAAUUUCGUAGAUAAUCGGAAGAUCUGGGGUCAGGGUUUCAAUAAAUUUGGGGCUUUUCUAAUUAGUUGUCAAUUGAGCUCAGGGGAAGCCUAAUUUAUCCAUUAAUUACGUUUCGGCCUGCACCUGUUGUCGAUUUGAGCUACAAGUUUCGAUUUUAGGGAUCUGUUGUAGUGUUUGGACAUUGAAGACAUUAUAAUUUAAGACAAACAUGGUACAAAAGCGGCCUUUUGAAGAUGAGGAAACAUUGGGGGUUUCUUCCAAGCAUCCAAAGCAAGUGGAACAUGGUGAGGGUGGAUAUAUUCAAAAUAAUACUCAAGCUGAUGAAAAGCUAGCAAGUGAUGACAUAACUGAACGUCAAGCAAGUGCUGAGGAUGUUGAAAGCAGUGGUCCUGGCUGCACCUCCAUCUCUUCAGGGCCAACCAGUGGUACCAGCGAAGAGGAUUCCCACCCAGGGACACUAGUUUUUGUACCGGUAUGCUCAGAAUAUUUUAAUCCUGAACGUGCACUCUUGACAGGGGAUCAUCCUAGGGAUCUCUAUUCCUUUCUCAUGAAUCAUCCUCCACGAAAAUCUGUUCCUAUUGGACAAAAUCAUCAAGCUGAUAUUCCAGCAUGGGGCUCACAGUAUGCUGAGGUUGAAGAUGAAAGAGUACGGAUGGGAACUUGUAUCAUUCCGAUGACUGAUUCAUCACCUCCUGAUUUUUAUGGCCGAGCUGGAAUUGGUAGAAGUGACUGUCAUUGUGAGGAUUUGGGCUCUAUCAGAUGUGUCAAGCAGCACAUCAUAGAAGCAAGGCAGGAACUAGAAAUAUACCUUGGGAAAGAAAAAUUGGUAGAGCUUGGGUUCCAUGACAUGGGUGAGGUAGUGGCUAAUAAUUGGAGCAAUGGGGAGGAACAAAUGUUUCACAAGAUUGUCUAUUCUAAUCCAGCUUCAUUGGGUAGGAAUUUCUGGAGCAUUCUUUCUGCUGUCUUCCCUUCCAGAAGAAAAAGUGAAAUUGUCAGUUACUACUUUAAUGUCUUUAUGCUUCAAAAGCGGGCUGAGCAGAACAGAUGUUACCCGUUGAAUAUCAGUAGUGAUAAUGAUGAGUGGCAGGGUAGUGAUGAUUAUGGUGGCAAUGAAACUGGGAUGUCAGCUGAUGAUGAUGAUGAUGACUCUGUUAUUGAGUCACCUGCAUACCAUCCUGAUAUGCGUUAUCAGAGCCAUGAAGAUGACUUGCGUAUUUAUGAAGAGGAUGCUGAAGUUUACUACAUAACACGUAACAAUGAUGAGAAUACAGAUUCUGUUUGUGAUGGCAUUACCAAUAAUUCAGAAGCAUAUCCUGGAAAGUUAUCAAAUGCUUGUGAUUCCACACCCUCAUCUAAGGUCCAAAAUAAUAUUCCAGGGGAUGAAAAGGGAGAUCGAGAAGUCCAAGAUGACUCAUGCACAUCUUCUGAUACUGCAGCAGCCGCACAGGGACCCCGGGUUAAGUCGGACAAGGAUGGCUACUGGCCUGGUAGCUUUAAUGAGAUGAGCAACGGUGGUGGCCAUGAAUAUGUCUUGGAGUCUUGUGAUGCUAAAGUUUGGGACGGUGGUUAUACAAGUUGCCAUCAAAAUAAAGUUGAUUUAUUACCAACUUGCAGUAUGAUUGAGGAGGUUUUUGGAGAUGGGUCAUGGAAUUUCAAGGUGAGAGAUGGGAAAGCUUGAGUCAUUUUCUUGCAUUGAGAUGUGGAAUGUUAGGUACUCAGUGGUGAAUAAUUAGGAAGAAUUUUCUUGUAGGAAGAAGUAUAGAGAGAGUCCAAUUUUCUUAUGAAUGAGAAGAAAGAAUUCAAUUUUCCUUUUGUACAAAUCAUAUGAAUGAUGGAAGCCCUGCCCUUCACUGUAAAAUAGUUAUUAAGAAGGUGAUUGGUUUUCAUGUUUUUUGAGCUCUGUUCCGAAUAAUUGUUUAUUUGACAAUACAAAUUACAUUGGGACUAACCUUUCACAAGCCCAGAUGGAGUUUCUUUAAAGGGGAGGGGGAAAAGAUUGUUAUAAGACGAUACUGAUGACAACAUUGUUCCUAUAAUGUAUUUUUAAAAUUAUUUAAUUGCAAGAAAAUUUCGAAAUGAAAUAGAUUCAAGUUUCAUUUUAUUA